UCAAUCUAGUUCAUCAUGGCGUUCUGAUACGGCAGCUGGAGUUCGUUUCUCCGUCGGUCUUUCCCAAACCGUGAAUUUGCCAGUUUACAUGCUCUCUCGGGCUAUUUCGGAAAGUGUAGAAUACAAUAGCGUGUAAAGAUUAUUUUCUCUGUGAAGCAGAAUAAACUGUGAAAACUAUAUUACCCGCCAAAUAGGCUCUUUCCAAAGUCGUUCAUUCCUUGCUUGCUCGCUAUCCAAGUCGGAGAGAGAAAUUGUUCGGAAAGGAGAGGAGGGGUGGAAGAGGAGGCCCGUCUUUGAGGUAGCUAAGAUUUGUGUUUUCAAGGACGAUUGUUUUCUAACAUCAAACAUAUAAUACACAAACUAAUGGUAGGUCAUUCAAUGGCAUUUUAAUUGUUGAGUCAGUUACAUUGGUUUACACACUAAUAACUAGUAACGUUACUCACAGCGAACUUUUGACACACUGUUCAUCAACAAGCUAGCUAGCUAGCCAACAAGCUAAUCUCGGUUAUCAACAUAAUCAUGCAGGACAUAACUUUUUUCUUAUGACCGAGAUUAGUUGUGGCUGUAAUGUGUCUAAUUGUUUUUCAUACUUGGACAUUGUAGCAAAGUUACGCAAGACCACGGGAUGUUUCUCAUAUUUGUAGAAUUUUGUUUUUUUGCGAAAGAUUUACUAUUCUGCAUGUAGCCUCUUUCAGAGCUCUGCUCCCAAAUCUUGCGUUCUACGAAGUGGUCGUAUUGUUUCGCAAUACUAGUAAGAUACAUUUGUAAGAAAUAUAACUAAUGUACUACAGUCAGGGAUUAUGAGGAUCCCUUAUGAAAUUGUCACGGAGAUCCUCUCCGUUCGUUCUGGACACAGUGAAAAAUGCACACACCGGUUUUGAGUUUAACGCGGUUGUAGUGCAUGUAAUCCCACUGCUUGAAUGUGUCAACAUCUCUCGCCAGGGUUUCUAUAAUGCUCUUUAAUCUAAUAAUAGGCUACACUUGUGAUUUGAGCCCGUAGGGAAUUGAAUAUAUGAAAUAUUAAUUUGGGAUUAUUUUGCGUCUGCAGUCAACAAAUGGCAAAUGCUCUAGUUGCAAAACGAUUUCAUCAGUUACGAUUGACAGGUAUAAAUGGGACAAUGAGAGAGCAUAUCGGUAAUAUUGUAGAAUAGGACGUGCAGCCUGGCAUGUUAUGUUCCUUUUUACCUUUGGGUGUGACUGGCAGGAUGACAGAGAACUUUGGAAUCUGAUGCAGGCGCUAUGGCCAUAGCUGCGGCAUGGGAGUGACGUGAUAGCACGGACACGGUUUCCUAUACACAACCCCCACCACCAUGCUCUUCCCACUGAAGUAGAAGCAAAUCUCAGAGGUGGAGACAAAGAAUGGACGAGUCGGUGCUGUUGGACUUGCUGGAGUGCCCAGUGUGUUUGGAGCGGCUGGAUGCCACAGCCAAGGUCCUCCCUUGCCAGCAUACCUUCUGCAGGCGCUGCCUCCAGAGCAUUCUGGGCUCCAGGGGAGAGCUGCGCUGCCCAGAGUGUCGCACGCUGGUGGAGUGUGCUGUGGACGAGCUGCCCAGUAACAUCCUCCUGGUGCGGCUGCUGGACGGCAUCAAACAGAGGCCCCGCCGGGUGGGACCCGUAGCUGGAGUCUGCGCCAAUGGCACAGCCGGCGUCAGGGUGCAGGGCAACGGGCCCAGAGACCCAGGAGUUCCAGGAGCACAGCCCCAGAGAGCCCAGGCUAAGACCACCCCAGUGAGGGGUGUACCCCAGCUGCCCUGUGCCAAGGCCCUGUACAACUACGAUGGCAAGGAACCUGGGGACCUCAAGUUCAAUAAGGGUGACAUUAUCAUCCUGCGACGCCAGGUGGAUGAGAAUUGGUACCAUGGAGAGAUGGGCGGAGUCCACGGCUUUUUCCCCACCAACUUUGUUCAGAUCAUCAAGCCGCUUCCGCAGCCCCCGCCACAGUGCAAGGCCCUCUACGACUUUGAGCUGAAAGACAACGAGGCAGACAAGGACUGUCUGCCCUUCACUAAGGAUGAUAUUCUGACUGUGAUUCGCAGAGUGGACGAAAACUGGGCAGAGGGAAUGCUGGGGGAUAAAAUUGGAAUCUUCCCUAUAUCAUAUGUUGAGUUUAACACAGCAGCGCGUCAGCUGAUUGAGUUGGACAAGCCUGGGGACUCGAGUGGGGACUCUGGCGAGGGGGCCUCAUCGGGCCCCCAGAGUAACGGUGGCCCCCACCGAGCAGGGGAGAAGAAGAACAGUAAGAAGCGCCACUCGUUUACAUCCCUCACCAUGUCCCACAAGCCCUGUCUGGCCCCGCCCCCCCAGAGACACUCCAUGGAGAUCAGUGGGCCCGUCCUCAUCAGCUCCUCCAACCCCACGGCAGCCGCACGCAUCGGAGAGAUCAGCGGAGGACUGUCCUGCAGCGCACCCUCACAGGUACACAUCUGUACAAAUGGACUCCUAGUGACCCCUCCCCCCAGCAGUCCUGUUACUACUGCAACCGUGUUCACAUUUCCCCCAGAGGCAAGUUACGCAUCCAUUCCUGUGGAAGCUCUCCCUCCUCCCCCACCUCCUCCCCCACAAUCUUCAGCGCUGGGAGCAGCCUCUUCGUUGGCUGCUGGUCAGAGACCUUCCCCAAGCACAAGCGAUCAGAGUGGGAGACAAAGACCCACAGUCUACGUGGCCCUGUUCCCUUACCCCCCCCGUAAGGAGGAUGAGUUGGAGUUGAGGAAGGGAGAGAUGUUCCUGGUGCUGGAGCGCUGUCAGGACGGAUGGUUCAAAGGCACCUCCAUGCACACUGGCAAGAUAGGAGUGUUCCCCGGAAACUACAUGAGCCCUGUCAGCAGGACGGCAUCAGGCAGCACCCAGCCCAAGGUGCCCCUAACUCUGUGCACACAGGCUGGGAGAGGGGUCACCAUCGUCAGCCCCUCCACUUCUCUGGGGGCCAUCGUUCCAGGGCCUGACUUAAACAAGUCACUGCCCAUCUGUCCUGGCCCUGACCCCUCCAGCCCUUUACCUGCUGCCAUGGUGACGGCUGCUCACGUGGCGACCGGACAGGCCAAGGUUCUCAUGCACAUGACCUCCCAGAUGACUGUUAACCAGGCACGCAACGCUGUCAGGACAGCCUGCCACAGUCAGGACCGGCCCACCGCUGCUGUGACACCCAUCCAGUCCCAGACCUCUGUAGCCUAUCUGCCCCACCUGGCUGUGUGCCAGUCCCAGCCCUCCUCCAACCCUGCCCAGGGCUGUGUUCGUGCCGGUGUGGCACUGGGCUGUGCCUCUGCCUCCCUCACCCCGCCCAAUGUCAGUGCCGCCUCGCUGGAUCGUGAUGUCCUGCGACCAGUGGCAGACCUCACCAUGCCCGUUGCCCCAGGCAACAGCAACUCCACAUCAGCUAAUUCCUCCCUUGCCUGUCGGCUGGACAAGGACGGCAAGAGGGAGAAGAAAGGUCUUCUGAAGCUGUUGUCAUCUAACAAGAAGAAGUCUCGCCCUUCUCCCCCCUCCUCCCCCACCCUGGAGGCAGAACAGGCUGCUACUGGGGAGGUCUUCCAAAGGGCCAUGGGCCCCGACACCACCCCCUCCCCCUCGCUCUCCUCCACCACCGUUGGCAUGGGUAACCAUGGCCGUGCAGUCCCCUGCCCCGUGGAGCCUGAGCCUACUUUAGCCACCACCCCAGAGUUAACACAACGUAAGAGCAGUCCUCUGGAUGGCUGUGCCCCCAUCGCCCCGCCCCCUCGCCAGGCAUGCUCCUCCCUCAUCUCCCAGCAGCACGAUGCUCGGCCAAUCAUAUGCGAGAGGUACAGAGUGGUGGUGUCCUACCCCCCUCAGAGUGAGGCAGAGCUGGAACUGAAGGAGGGAGACAUAGUGUUUGUCCACAGGAAGAGAGAGGACGGCUGGUUCAAAGGAACACUCCAGAGGAACGGCAGGACCGGACUGUUCCCUGGCAGCUUCGUAGACAUCAUCUGACUGACCUUUUUGACUCACACUGGACCACAGUGGACCGACCGUGACCUGACCACACCAUGAACUGACCAUCAAUGGAACCACUUGGUUGUUGCCUUGUUUUAGGGUCAAACUGUGAGUCAACCAGGUCAGGUUGCUAGGCACAGUAACAUCAGAUGGAUCCAUACACAACCUUGUAAGAGGUCCUCAAAGCACAGAGGAGAUUGAUGAAAUAGUUUAAACAGAGCUCAAGAGAUGACUGGAGGACAACACACUACUCAUGUUGAUUUUAUUUUUGUCAGUUAUUUAUAUCUUUACAAUUCAAAUCGUUAAAUGUGUGCCUUGUACUGUUCCUCACUUUAUUAAAUGUAAGAAACCAUAUGAACUGUUAAUAGAUGGAAAUAUGACAAAUUGUAACUUAUUUUUUUGUUCUCUGGAGAAGAUGUGCUUGGCCUUUCGUUGUGUUUAUGGUUUCAAUUGACGCCUGCCAUAUGACACAUUUCCUACAUCACUUUGUGCUCGACCCUUAUUGGCUGCGGUGCUGUAUGUUAAUACUGCACAGUGUCUGCUGAUUUCAAGAGCAUACAAACAAUACAGCAGAUGGGAGGAGAAUGAGUGAUGUCAUCAGCACAUAGUGUAGCAAGAAAAGGGGUAGAGGUGGGCCCAAUUCCAAUCUGAUCCCUUAAGCCUGGUCUUCUAUUGACUGGAAGGAAUCAGCUAUAUGGCAGUAGCUCCAUACCCUCUGGUUGGGUAGUUUGAGUUUCUGAUUUAUUGCAAACACCUAGUCAUUUGAGAUCCAUGAGAGGCAGAGGACUUGAUUGGAAUUAGGAUCUGGACCCUCCAACAAUGGAAUUUGCACAACCUCAUCCUUUAUCCCAAACUGGGUUCUCUUUGAGCUUAUUGGAGAGCGAGAGAUGUCUUGGUAAAAUGAUUAUGCUGUUGAUGCUCUGAUGUCGGGUGAGGUUAUCAAAACGUUUCCUUAACGUUAGGAAAGCCGUCUGCUGUUGAUGUACAUUAUUAGGUACUGGGAGAGGGAUUUUAUGUUCUUGCCAUUUUUGAUGUGUUAAAACUAAAACACUCCAUAGAUCUUGCAAUCAAAUGUUACUUACUGUAUAUUCUUCUAUGUGUACUUAUUGAACAUCGUAGCUGCUCCCCCACUCCCAUAAUAGUAGACUAACCUUAUCGGACAUAGCUCUAGAUCUCAAGUGAACGACAGACAUCACAUACAGGACAGUAAACGUGCUACGACUCUGACAGCUACAUUUGAAUAAUAUAUUGAUAUUUCGAGCCACAUGGAUCUUUACAACACCAGGUGCUCUGGACUGUGUUGCCUACAACAUGAGGAUGCAGCAAGACAUCUGACAGACCUGAUGUAUGUAUGACCUUCAUGGGUUCUCAACCCUCAUUUCAAUGAUUCAUUCAUUCCUAACGCGUCUUGUCACUACAAGACAAAUCACUGCUUACUUAUAAAGGACAGACUGUUUUCCUAAUGUAACAUUUCAUUAUCACUCCUCCAAUACAAGUUAGUAUAUUUAUCCUUGAAGUUGCGAGAGAAGGUUUUUUAAUACCGAUCCAUGACUUGGACCCUGUUGAUUCUUGGUUUUGUCUGAUUAAGCUGUACAGUGCAUCUAUUCAACGUGUCUAAGUGUUCUGUAGACUUGCAUAUGAUUUGUGUGUGGUUGGUUAGAUGGGGUUUUGUUGUUUUCUGUGUCUCAAAGCACAAAAAAAGAGGUGUGAUUUGAGUGGGUUUAGAGGAUGUGAAACCUCAGCCUUGGGUCCUACUUAUUUUCAACUCCUUUAAUUUCAAAGUAAUCCAGUGGGGGCGAAAUGGCACUCUUCACUCUCCCUCCCCCUUGUCCUCCUCGUCCUCCUCCCUGUGCCUUUAGUCAUGGUAAUGAGAUUGACAGCACUGUUAGAAACAAAGACAGAAUCAUCAGGCACCACAUAAUGAGGAUUUGAUUUGAUCCAAUCUCAUAUUUGUUAGAGAACAGUUUAAAUUGGAUUAUAUUAGUCAAUGGUGGACAGUAAGAGGCUGUUCCAUUGUUUGUGGGCUGUGAGGGACGUCUGCCUAGCUUCACUAGAGCACACCAGGCAGACACCAACAGGCUAACAUCCUCUGUUUAUUCCUGCUGCAGCCUUUCUCCUAUCAGAUGCUGUGGUGCAGUAUCAACAGCUAAGGCUUCUGUCUAAAUGACAGAAUGGACCUUUAGGCACUAAUCCACCCCAACAAGCGGUUUGCUCUUAGCAACUGGGUGUCAACAGCAGUAAGUCUGAAGGGGUUUGGGGGUCACAUUUAAAGGUUGAGGACAUUUUAAACACCAGAUGGUGCUACAUUUUGGACCUGAGGGGAAUGUAGGUGACUGAAUUUUCCAAAGCGUGAUUGUUUGAUUGGGUGUUUGUGUCAGGCAGAGUAAUGUGGACCACUGUGUGUGACUAACUUCUGAAUAUGUUGUAGUUGAUGUUUUGACUGGUGGGUGGAGGCUGUAUAAAGUGGUACGAAACACUGUUCAGACCAGUUGCUUCUCAAUUUUCUUGUGUAGAAUUAACCUAAUGUUUUACUGUUGUCUUGGUAUUCUCCAACUCACCUCUUGUCCUGAACUGGGUCUUGCUUACUGAUGAGCCUUUUUUUCAUACACACACACACCCCAUACAUUUACACUUACCACACCAUCAGUAUAACCCGUAGUCAUUUUAGUCAUAUUUAUUUUCAUGUCUAUAGUUGGAUGAUCAAAUAAUGCUUAUUUUCUUUACAUUCUCUGACUGGCAAGAACAACCGAACCAGUUAAUUUCGGUGUUCCUGUGAACAUGUUUUUGCUGUCAUCUCAUGCCUUGUUGGAACACAAGGUAGCACUAAAGUUUGCUUUAUUAAACUAAACAGAUUCUCCUUAUGCCAAGGUGAUUUACUUGAUUUUUUGGGGGUUAUUUUUAUAUAGUCUGAUCAUGGAAAAAUUUGCAUCCACUUGUUAUUUGGUACAAUACUAUGUGCAAAACAUUCUUAAGUAUCGAAGGGAAUAGCACAUUUUUGUAAACAUGACUACCGGUAUAACAAUAAAAGCGAAUGGUUUCCAUGGU